AUGGCGGCCAUGAGCCUCUUGCUUCGAGCGGCGGUGGCUUUGGGGUCUCGGCGACCCCUGGCUCGCUCAGCGGUCUGGGGUCGCUGCCCCCUGCUAGGCGGGGCCGUCAGUCGCUCUGGAGCCAUCGCUCCAUUGCGCCAUGGCAGUCACGGCGGGAAAAGAAUGUUUAUUGUCAAGGCGACAGAGUAUUAUGAUAAGCGAUUCCUGCGUUUGUUGAGAUUCUAUAUUAUGUUAACUGGAAUACCCAUAGCUAUCUUCGUCACGCUUGUCAAUAUCUUCAUUGGUGAAGCCGAACUGGCCGAGAUUCCAGAAGGAUAUGAACCAGAGCGUUGGGAGUACUAUAGCCAUCCCAUAACUAGGUGGAUGGUUCAGUAUCUUUUCGAUCCGCCUGAAAAGGAGUACGAAAAGACCUUGGCUUGGCUUGAUAUGGAAUCUCAGAAAAUCGAUUUAAGGCAGAAGGAGAGGGAAGUAAAUCGGCUCAUGAGAGAAAGGGGGGACGGCCCGUGGUAUCAGUAUGAAACCGCCAGCACAAGUCUUAUCGAUUACUCCCCUAAAUCCACACCCGACAACUGAGCUUUCCAGCCUUCUGCCUCAAAAGGGCGCACCCGCAAAGAGCAGCCGAAUUAUGUAAUAUAUCCCGGACUUAAUAACUCAAAUUAAAAAAUCUUGUUUCAGUUAC